AUGCGAGACGUGCCCUACCAUGAAACUAAGGACAAAUUUCUCAAGGGUGAAGCAACGCCGUCAGUGGCAUCGGCGCUGAUGCAGCAAGUAUCGGAGGCCUCCGAUCAACAGGAAGCAGAGAUACUCGCCAGGAACACCGCCGCGCUAGGAUACACAGGCGGGCUGCACUGGCACAGAUACCAGAUAGAGGCUUUUACUCGAACUUUCUUCCUGGCCGUGGCGAACGGCCCCCAUGUUCAGCGCAAGGCUCAACAGGAGUUGGACGAAGUCUUAGGAGAGUGCCGAUUGCCCGAGUUCAACGAUCAACCGAACCUGCCAUAUAUUUCUGCUAUCAUCAAAGAGGUUCAACGAUGGCGGGUAAUAACACCGUACGGUCUAUGGGGUACUAUCCCGGGGUUCCCGCACAUGUCUGUCUCUGACGACGAGUACGAGGGCGCUUACCAGGAGCCCCUAAGGUCCAUAUUGCAUGACCCUGAAGUAUGCCCUGAGCCGGAAUCAUUCAAACCAGCUGCUCCGGACUUCUCGUCUGGUGUCAUUUCGCUGAGAGGCUCAUCUGCCACUAGGAAGGCCGAUCAAUUUGAGUGCUGUGUCAAGCCCGUUCUGGUGCGACACAGUCUUUGA